GCCAUGGCCGCGACAUGGCUCGAGAGCGCCGACCUGGUGGCCAAGAUCCAAGCGCUCAAGGCUGCCAACGUCUCGGACGCGACCAUCUGGAACCCCGAGUCGCCACCGCCAACGGUUGCAGCGCGGCUCGCGGCCUUGUCGCUGACAUGGGCCGACCUGGGCAACGCCGACAAGCAAGCCCUGCUCUGGGACAUGGGCUUUGUGCGCACCACGACAGCCGACAACAACCAAGUCACGCAAGUGUACACCAAGUGUAGCAACAGCGGUAGCGGUGACAGUAUGGCGACAAUUGCACUCUCCAAGGCAGCCUUUCUGCAGUCGCAGGCCGACGCGACGGUGCGCACGUGCACGUCAUCGGCCAUCAACACGACGUACGUCCGUCAAGAAAACUCGAACGGCGGCAAGCUCGCACCCUUGACCAAGUGCAUGGUUGCCAACGUGACGGGCGUCGCCGACAGCCACAGCAGCAUGUGGGCGCAGGACGGGCAGGGCCUCAGCACGUACCCGCUCCCCAACAUUAUGCGCCACGCGUGGUCGAUCAACGAGUUUUGGCUCAUCUACGCGAUCCACACGCAGACCGCCGGCGACGAAAUCGGCUUUGGCUUUUGCGGGCCGUCGAGUACGCCUGGUGGGCUCACGAUCCCGUGCCGAGUGUUUGACGGUAGCAUGCCGCCGACAGGGUGGUGCCUCCCGACGCCGUCGGCGACGAUGACGCAGUCGCUUGCCCAGAUUGCACUUGCCAAAAAAUCGACGCCAGCACCCACGCCAGCUCCCACGAUUGGCAGCAGCAGUAGCAACCACACGGUGCUCAUUGUCUGUCUAGUCGUUGGCGCGGUGCUCCUUGGUCUCGGCGCCUGGUGCUACAUCCGGCGUCGGCGCAAGCAAACCACCGCCCACAGCGACUUUACGACGUACCGCUCCAACGCGCCGCGCGGUGCGACGGGCUCGCCGCCAACGUCUUACCAACCGAUCGCCACGGCCUCGCACACGCUCAACGAGUUCCAGCGCGACCCGUCGCUGAGCCAAAAGCGCGUCCCGUACUCGGCUGUCACCUGCUCACGGCUCCUCUCAAAAGGUGCGUUCGGCGAGGUCUGGCUCGGCUCGUUCAACGGCCAAGUCGUCGCUAUCAAGCGCCUUCUCGACUCCAAGCGGACGUCUGAGGCCGAGAUUGAAGGCUUUGCCGACGAGAUCCGGCUCAUGGCGUCGUUCACGCACCCCAACAUUGUCCGCUUUGUUGGCUUUGCCUGGGACUCGCUCCAGAACCUCUGCGCGGUCACCGAGUACAUGCCCCAAGGCGACCUCCACACGUAUUUGCAGUCGCAUCUGCAGCUCCAGUGGCGGCGCCAUGAGAAGAUCAAGAUUGCGCUCGGCAUCGCCCACGCUCUUGCGUACCUGCACAGUCUCUCGCCUACGAUCAUCCACCGCGACCUCAAGAGCAAGAACGUGCUCAUGGCAGCGGGCUGCGAAGCCAAGUUGAGCGACUUUGGCAUCUCGCGCGAGCGCACACAAGACGAGACGAUGACGGCGGGCGUCGGCACGAUCUUUUGGACGGCGCCCGAGGUGCUGCUCGGCGAACACUACUCGGAGAUGGCCGACAUUUACUCGUUCGGCGUCGUGCUCUGCGAGAUUGACACACGGGAAGCCCCGUACCCGAAUAUGAAGGCCGUGCCUCAGGUCGCAAUGGUACACCGCAUCACGAACGAAGGACUCCGCCCGGCGUUUUCAGAGUCGUGUCCGGCGCAGCUCCAGGUGAUUGCCGCCCGCUGCCUCGACGCUGACCCGGCCAUGCGACCGAGCGCAAGAGAACUCGUGGCAAUAUUUUCGGAUUGGCGGUAAAUAGAAUAGAUGAUUAGAAAUGCAGUAGUUUCGAAAGACCAACUCUGUGCAUGACAAUAACGUUAUUGGAUAUAAGAACCUCGCAAUGUCAUGUCAGCGCCCUGUGGGCGUCGCGCACGCAUAUGAACAAGGACGUAAGUGAAAGCCAUUGGUGGGCAGCACCUAAAAUGACAAAGUAUUUUGUC